AUGCUGCCUCCCAUCGACGAAGCUGUCCUGCAGCAGAACCCCGACUUUGCGGCUCUGUACAAGACGCUGACCACGGCGGUGCUCAACGACGAUGGCUCGACAAAGGCAGAUCACUCUCGCAAGGAGAGGGAGGCCGUGCAAAAGGAACUCCAAUCACACCGCUUGAAGUCCGCAAAGCAGCACCUCCUCGCCCAGGCCCUAUCCUCCGCCACACCCCCGGACGCAGCAGCAGCGAAGCCGCCCACAGCCGGCCCGCGCCGCGGCCCCCGAGCCCAACUGCCGACACCUGCCGCAGCAACCACCCCGACCGCCGCCGACAUCUCCCCCGAGCUCCUCGAGCUGCUCAUCCUCCUCCCGCAACUCCUCGAAGAAGCCAACACGCUCCCCGCAGAGUCGACAGCGCUCCUGCUCUCCACGCCGCCCUUCUCCUCCCUCCCGGACCUCCUCCCGCAGCUCGCGCCCCUCGUCUCCUCCACCCUGCACUCGGCCGCCCUCUCCCUAGCCCGCAUCGCCAACCCGACCACAAACCCAUCCUAUCUCCACCGCUCCAUCCCGGCCCUCCCGUCGCACGCCGCCUCCCUGUCCGGCCCGGCGCUCGCGUCCGCAAAGUCAGACCUCACCACCUCGCGCCUCAAGACCGCCGCCGCGGCCGCAGACCUCCUCUCCGCGCAGACCAGCGUCCUGACGACGCUCCUGCGCUCCGUGGAGGCCAAGCACGGCACCGUCGCGCGCUCCCUCGAGCUCCGGGCCGAGGACGUCGCGCUCGCGGCGCAGAGGGCCGAGGUCCGCGCCGACACGGCGCUCUGGACGGCCCGGCGCGACGUGUACUCGCCCGCGGCGCGGUCGGCGCUGCGGGGCUACGCGGCGCACCUGCGCGACAGCACCCUGCGCAUGGAGGAGAGCCUGCGGACCCUCGAGGCGCAGCUCGGGGAGUACGGCGUCUCGGCCGGCGGUGAGGGGGAGAAGGGGCGACGCCGGGACGGUAGCGGCGGCGGCGGCGGCGGCGAGGGCAAGGAGCGGACCAUGCGCGAGAUGGCGAGGGUGUACCGGGAGAUGGGGAAGCAGUUGGAGGAGGUGAGGGGCGAUUUGGAGAGGCUUGGGAAGGCGUGA